UCUCAACCACUUUGCCUCUUAGUUAGCUUUGCUUCUGUGAUGAGUAAAACCCUUUACAGGAAACCCAUAGAAGACAUCUGGCAAACCCCAGGUCUCAUAGAACUAUCUCAAAAUUUAAUCUUUAAGAUAAGGAAAGGGUCAGAAUUUGGAAUAAGUUUCAUUUCAGACUGUGAUAUCAAAAAAACUACAGAACACAAUUGUGAAUGAAAGAUUUUAAAGGGAGCACAACUGUAAUAAAAGAAAAACCCUCAGCUCUCAGAAGAAAGAUUUUCAGAGAGAUGAGUCGUCUCUACAAUUUUGACAGAGGUUAUCCUCUGCUAAAAAGAGCUAAAACCUCCCCCACAGGAUGCCUUCUGAACAUUUGCCCUACCAGGAGUUGUGUCUAAGUCUGGUUCUAUUUUUUUCCACCCCUAGAAAAGGGGGAAGCCAAAAUUUCUCCAAAUUCAUAUCAAAUUACCAGAAAGUUUCCCCUUAAUGUACCAGCUACACAGUGUAUUUAGGGAAUGAUUUUUUUCUGAGUUAAAAUUAAAGGUGUGAUUUUCUGGGCACUUUUCCCAGCUGCCUAAUCUGAGGCACAGGGAGAUUGAGAGUCAUAAGGACUGAUUAGAGAAAAGUCUCAGCUAGAGAAGCAGAACUUAAAAGGACUGGGCAAGCUGGCUGGUUAUGAAGAAACUAAACUAAUCCAGAAUGUAUGAUGUUCACCUUUGGCAGUACGUAAAACAUUUUUUCAUGUGGCCAUUUCAUGUCUAUGUGGGAAGGCUGUUCAUUGUGUCAAUUCCAGAGCUACAAACACGAAUUUCAGAAAAAAUGUGGGAUGGCAGCCUGGAUUUUCAAAUGAGCUGUUAACUUCUAUGACCUUCUUGGGGAACUUGGGUAGCAGCCCAUUUCGUUCUUUCUACAUCAAAGUGCCAGGUUGAUGUCCUGCUCCUUUUUAAAUUUAUUUUUAUUUUUAUUUGGUUCUGCUCUUUAGUUCUCCUCUGAGGUUGAGAGACAAGAUAGCAAUGGUGGUUAAAAGUGCAGGCUGCCUGCUUUCAGAAUCAGUUGCUUGCUAGCUGUGUGGCUUUGGGCAAGUUACUCAUCCUCUCUGUGCUUCAGGGUCUUUGUCUGCAAAAAUGUGACCAAGGUUAUCUGCCUCAUAGGACCACCUUGAGGACUGAAUUCAUGAAUCUUAGAACAGCGGCUGGCAUGCUAUGUGCCCUUGGGACAUUCAACAAUUAUUCCUGGCACACUUAAGACUCCAUCAGGAUGGAUUAUCAAACAUCAACUCCCAUCUAUGACUUUGAUUUAGGUAUGUCGGAGCCCUGCCAUAAAACCGACGUAAGGCAAAUCGCUGCCCAGCUCCUGCCACCCCUCUACUCGCUGGUGUUCAUCUUUGGGUUUGUGGGCAACAUGCUGGUCGUUCUUAUCCUGAUAAACUGCAAAAGGCUGAAGAGCAUGACUGACAUCUACCUGCUCAAUCUGGCCAUCUCCGACUUGCUCUUUCUUCUCACUGUCCCGUUCUGGGCCCACUACGCUGCAGACCAGUGGACCCUGGGGAAUGCAAUGUGCCGACUUUUGACUGGGCUCUAUUUUAUAGGCUUCUUCUCUGGGAUCUUUUUCAUCAUCCUCCUGACAAUGGACAGGUACCUGGCUAUCGUCCACGCUGUGCUUGCUUUAAAAGCCAGGACGGUCACCUUCGGGGUGGUGACCAGUGUGCUCACCUGGGUGAUGGCUGUGCUUUCCUCUCUCCCAGGGAUCAUCUUCACCAGAUCCCAGAAGGAAGGGUCUCGUUUCACAUGCAGCCCUCAUUUCCCACAACAUCAGUAUCAUUUCUGGAAGAAUUUCCAGACACUAAAGAUGAUCAUCUUGGGCCUGGUCCUGCCCCUGCUCGUCAUGGUCGUCUGUUAUUCGGGAAUCCUGAAAACCCUGCUCCGGUGCCGAAACGAGAAGAAGCACAAGGCUGUGAGGCUCAUUUUUGCCAUCAUGAUCGUUUACUUUCUUUUCUGGGCUCCCUACAACAUCGUCCUUCUCCUGAGCACCUUUCAGGACUUCUUUGGCCUGAACAAUUGCGAAAGCUCUAAUAGGCUGGAUCAAGCCAUGCAGGUCACGGAGACGCUCGGCAUGACACACUGCUGCAUCAACCCAGUCAUCUAUGCCUUCGUGGGCGAGAAGUUCAGAAACUACCUCUCAGUGUUUUUCCAAAAGCACAUCGCCAGGCGCUUAUGCAAACACUGUCCAAUCUUCCAGCGGGAGAUUCCUGAGCGAGGAAACUCAGUUUAUACUCGAUCUACUGGGGAACAGGAAAUCUCUACUGGAUUGUGACCUGGACCCAGUUAUUUGUAUGACUCAUUUUAUUUAAACAGCUGGGGGUAGCAGUGAUGCUUUCAAAAAGGAAGUUACUAUCAUAGAGGGUCUAAGAUUCAUCCAUCUGCUUGGCAUCUGUUUUAAGUAUAUUAGGUAUUUUAAGCCCAUCAAUUCUAGAAAGCCUAACCAAAAUAUGUUAGUGAAGUAGCAAUCUUUUCAUCUCCAUCCCAUAGUCAUUAAUUUAUUGGCAAACUCUCCCUUCAUUGCAAAUGUUCAUUUAAUUAAAAAAAAUCCUCAGAGAAUUGAUGACUCUUGAGUUUGGCUGCCUGGGCAGGAAUAAGAAAACUAAUUUUUAAAAUGUUAUAGUAUAAAUUCUGACCUCAUGCAAGUCAAUGAACAGGUUGGAAAUGUGCUUACAAUACGGUCCUUGUCCUAUGUUGGGGAGAAAGACGUGAGCAUGAGAAGUUAAAAAAUGGCAUCUUCCACGCGUGAUUUCUCCCUAUAAGUUGCAGCUAAUAAGCUCCAUAGACAUUCAGAUCUAGGUGUGAGCCCUGUUGCGUGGAGAGAACUGGAAAACACCUUCAGUAGGAAGGGAUUUGAGUUGGAUCACCUCUUGGUGGAGGAGAGGUAAACAGCACUUGGGACAAGAGCUUGGCUGUGGGAAGACCCAAGGCUGAUUGGGGCAACCCUGGGAGAGGGAGCACAAAGCUGGACCAUGAGGGGCCUUGACAGCACGGCUCCCACCAACAGCUGUGAGCAAAGCAGGGAGACCCUUGGCCGGUGCUGCAGAGGGUUAUUCCACGACCAAGGAUGACCCGGAAAGGUGAGUGUGGAGGGCCAGAAGACUAGCAGGAUCCGGUCAGGGUGAGGAGAGCCUGUGUAAGGUCGAAGCACUGGGGAUGAGAAGGAGGAGGGUAUUUGUGCAGCAUUUAGGAGGCAGAGGAAGCAGGACUUGGAGGGGAAGGGCAGAGAGGACUCCAAGACAAUCCUUGGACUUCAAGCCUGCAGAUUGGAGAUGCCCUUAUAGAGACAUCCAGCCAGGGAAGAGGAGGAGGGAUUGGUUUAAGAGGAGGAGCUUGAGUGCAGCUGUCAGUGGAGGGGCUCUGGCUGUUUCGCAUUGAACGGUCCUGCCCUCCAGUCUUUUCCAACCCAGCUCCAAUGAUGGGGUGUCUCCAGGAAGCUUCAAACACUAGCUUUAUGACAGCUUGAGCUUCAGGUCUAAGGACCCAUCUCAGAACAGAUGUGAUAUCUAAGUGAGGAUUGACGUCACAGUUAUUUAAAAUCCAGAGCUUUAUGAGCCUUGAGCAAAGAGGCCCCUUAGAGGUGAGGGAAGCCCAAGAGCCUACCUUCACAGGGCACACUGAUGCAGGUAUCAGUUGCUGCAUUUAACCAAGACAAAUGGGAGAGGGGACGCACUCAUUUGGAAACAGGCUGUCUAGAGCUGUAUAAACCACAAAAACUGCAAUUUACCAACCUCUGUGUUUCAGGCUGAGUAUGGGGGUUUGGAUACUCUUUCCAGAUGCUUUCUCUAGACAAACCCUACCCAAACACUAAGGUCUUUAUUUGUUUCAAAAGGAGAAGUACGAUUUUUUUAUACUUGCUACUUACAAUGUUUUGUACGUACCUGAGAUUGUUUUGAAUUUGGGGGUAGCCACAACCAUCAAAGAGUAAACUAGGUGGGGAAAUGUACAGAAGUGAGAAUCACUCAGGGGAUUAAAGGUGUCAGGAUAACAAGAUGUGCUAGGGACUUUUCUCAGGCAAUGAAAGAUGAAACUUGAGGGUUGUGGCCAUCAGUAAGAAGUAAACAGGAGUGCCCUUUUUUUUGUUGUUCUUAAGGUUGUUGAGAGGGCAUAAGUAGCACAUGACCGGAGCUUCUGGGUCAAUUCAAAGACAUUCUGAUAUCUUCUUAUGAAUUGGUACGUUCUUUAUAUGUAUAUAAUGUUACAAAUUGCUUGGAAGAAAAUAUGCAUCUGAAUAAAACCACUUUCUAAAAGUAA